AGUUGCACUCAAAGUUUCUGUCAGUUUUAGUUGUAGCAUGUGUUUACAGUUAUGCGGUUCUUUCUUAAAUUGCCUGUGUUUAUUAUUAAUCAAAUAAAAAUUUUAAUAAGUGUUCGAAUAUUUCUCUAAACUUAACUCGUUGUGUCACAAGACUUUUAAAGUUUUACGUUAAAUUCGCAGGUUAGAAACAUGGAAAACAAAACAGAUUUUGAGUAUCCCCAUACAUUUAUUUUGGUGGGUGCUUCUGGUGAUCUUGCUAAGAAGAAAAUUUAUCCUACUAUAUGGUAUUUAUAUCGCGAUAAUCUUUUACCAGAAAAAACAAAAUUUAUUGGUUAUGCACGCACUAAUCAGAGCAUGUCCGAUGUUCAAGAUAAGUGCAAAAAAUACAUGAAAGUGCGACCAGGAGAAGAAGAAAAAUUUAAAAAAUUUUGGGAAGCGAAUGAUUAUUUGUCUGGCUCAUAUGAUAAAAGAGUAAAUUAUGAAUUUCUUAAUCAAACAAUUACCAAGCAUGAAAAAGGAAUUAUUGCUAACAGAAUUUUUUAUUUAGCUGUACCUCCAACAGUAUUUGAAGAUGUUACUGUAAAUAUAAAAAAUGCUUGUGUGUCAAUCAAAGGAUUUACUCGAGUUAUAAUAGAAAAGCCCUUUGGACGUGAUGAUAUUAGUUCUGAAAAACUGAGUAAUCAUCUAGCUGGACUGUUUAAAGAAGAACAAAUUUAUAGAAUUGAUCAUUAUUUGGGCAAAGAAAUGGUCCAAAAUCUGAUGACCAUCAGAUUUGCCAAUCAGAUUUUUAGUCCUUCUUGGAAUAGAGAAAAUAUUGCUUCAGUCCAAAUUUCUUUCAAAGAACCAUUUGGUACAGAGGGUAGAGGAGGAUACUUUGAUGAUUUUGGUAUUAUUCGAGAUGUAAUGCAGAACCAUUUACUUCAAAUAUUAUCACUGGUUGCUAUGGAGAAGCCUGUGUCCUUGAACCCAAAUGACAUUCGAGAUGAAAAAGUUAAAGUUCUGAGACACAUAAGUCCUAUAAAAUUGGAUGACAUACUCAUAGGACAAUAUAUUGGUAACCCUAAGGGUCAAGGUGAAGAGCGACUUGGUUACCUGGAUGAUCCGACAGUUCCAAAAGGCUCUGUUACUCCCACAUAUGCAUUGGCAGCUUUACAUAUUAACAAUGCUAGAUGGCAAGGAGUACCAUUUAUUUUACGUUGUGGCAAGGCACUAAAUGAAAGAAAAGCAGAGGUAAGGAUACAGUAUAAAGAUGUGCCAGGAGAUAUAUUUAAUGGCCAUGCUAAGAGAAAUGAGUUGGUUAUAAGAGUUCAGCCAGGAGAAGCGCUUUAUUUAAAGUUCAUGUGUAAAUCUCCUGGUAUGAAAUUUGAUCUCUUGGAAACUGAAUUGGAUCUGACUUAUAGUAUGCGUUAUAAGGAGGCAGAUGUUCCUGAUGCAUACGAGAGACUGAUAUUGGAUGUGUUUACUGGCACACAGAUGCAUUUUGUGCGCAAUGAUGAAUUGAAAGAAGCUUGGCGUAUUUUUACUCCUGUUUUGAAGUUGCUAGAGGAGCAGCAUAUCAGGCCCCUUCCAUAUGAGUUUGGAUCAAGAGGGCCACCAGAGGCAGAUACAAAGUUAUCAGAAUAUGACUUUAAAUAUUCUGGUUCAUACAAAUGGAAGAAACCUACACUCUCUUAAGACGCAUAAUUUUUCUCAUUGUCAAUUUAUUGUUGUGCUGAUGAAAGUUUUUUUUAAAUUUAUGACAUUGUAUUAUUCUAAGUGUAGAAGUUAUAUUUUAAUAAUGCAUAAUCUUCUAUAUAUUUUUGAUAAAAUUUUUACAAUUUAUAUAAGAAUAUGAUACUUAAUAACAUUCCAAAUUUUAAUUAAGAGACCAUUAAUUGUGGGGUGAAAGUCUGACUAUUUACAUAAAUUUAUGUACAUAAUAUCAGAAUUAUUGUAUUCACAAAUUACUAGUAUUGCUGAACACAGUUUAAAAAUUAUAAUCGCUGAUCUACAGUAAGGUCAUGUUAAGGUCAGAUCAAGUCAUACAAGUAGGUGUGUAUCUACUUGUAACAUUUGUAGGUAAAUAAGUAUCUGUUUUGCAUAUUUCAGUUCUGAAUAUAAAUAUGACAAAAAACUAAGAAUAGGGUUUUUUUACAAGUGCCUUACCAGUUAUCUUGUAUUAAAUAAUAUUAACAAGAGCUGUGAUAAUGUAAUGUUGUCUAUCAAGCAAUAUUAACCUAAUAAAAAGUUUGAUUUUAGAUAAGUAGGUACAAUUGUUCUUGUAUUAGAGGUCAAACUAUUUCACCUUGAAAUACUCAUAAUCUAUAUUGUGAUUGUAACUAGAUUUCAACUAAUAGACAGAGAAUGUAAAGAUUUAAGAUUAAUGAACAAUUUUUUUUACAAACUGUUGUUUAUAUUGUUUAUGUCUUUUUUAUUUAUUAUUAAAUUAAGUAUUCAUAUUUAUUAUGACACAAGUAUUAAUAAUGUUAAGACAAAGAUAAGGUCUGAUUUAAAUAAAUUUCUUUCAUGUUGCUUA